AACUGGAAACAAAGUGAAUUGAUUACAAAAAUUGUCACAUCACAGUGUAAAUACUUACGAUAAAAUUCCACAAUUUGUACGUGGAAAAGUAUCAUUGUGUUUUCUGUUUUGUUCACAACGACCUAUUUAACCUGAUUUAACAUUCAAAUACUACUAGAUAGAAUUUAUUUCUCUGUUUCAGGCUUUCAGCUCAUUUUUAGUUCCCACAUGGCCACUCGGUUUUUCUUGCUAGUUUUUUCACUUCCCUUUCUAUGUUCAGGCUCUCAUACUUUUCUGAAUAAACAAACAUCUCUCUCCGUGGAAAAUGCAGACAUUUUAAUUUCAGAAAAUGGCGUUUUCUCUGCAGGAUUUUACCCUAUUGGCGAUCAAGCUUAUUGUUUUGCCAUUUGGUUCAAUCAACCUUUCUGCAGAAAAAAUUGCACAGUGGUUUGGAUGGCUAAUCGCGAUACGCCUGUUAAUGGAAGACGAUCAAAGCUCUCUUUGCAAAAAACAGGUAAUCUUAUCUUAACCGAUGCCGGUCAGUCCAUCGUUUGGGCCACCAAUACUGCCUCUGUCUCCUCAAUGAAGCUUCAGCUUCAUAACAAUGGCAACCUUGUGCUGCAAAGUAUGGAGGGUGAUAAACUUUGGCAGAGCUUUGAUUCGCCAACAAAUACUCUUCUACCUCAGCAACCACUCACCAAAAACGUUCGCCUUGUUUCUUCAAGAAGCCAAACGGAUAUCUCUUCUGGUUAUUACAAGCUUCUUUUCCACCAGGAUAAUAUUCUCUUUCUUGUGUUUGAUGGCCCUGAAACAUCAAGCGUAUAUUGGCCCGAUCCAUGGCUUUUGGACGAUCAAAUCGACAGGUCAAGAUAUAACGAUAGCAAAAUUGCGGUGUUUGAUGAUAAAGGCCAUUUCUUGUCCUCCGAUGGAGUGAAGUUUCGAUCUCUUGAUUAUGGUAAAGGGCCGUAUAGAAGACUGACUCUGGAUUUUGAUGGCAAUCUUAGACUCUACAGUCUGGAAGAGGAGAAUAGGACUUGGUCUGUCACAUGGCAUGCUACAUCCAAACCGUGUAGGAUUCAUGGUGCUUGUGGACCCAAUAGCAUUUGUAUUUAUGAUCGGAAUCUUGGCAGGAAAUGUACUUGUCCACCAAGAUUCAAGAUGAAGAAUCAGACGGACUGGAGCUAUGGAUGCGAACCAGAAUUCAAGAUUCCAUGCAAGAAAAAAGAUGUCGGCUUUGUCAAACUCCAUCACGUUGAUUUUUACGGCUACAAUAUACACCUGCUUAAAAAUUACACCUUUGCAAUGUGUAAAGAGACUUGUUUAAACAUGUGCAAUUGCAAAGGAUUUCAACAUAAAUUCAUAGAGGAUGACGGUCACUAUAAUUGUUAUCCAAAGAGGGAACUGCGUAACGGACACCUUUCAGCAAAUUUUAAUGGAACUCUGCACUUGAAGUUUCGAAAAUCUGAGAUUUCUUCUUUAAAGGGAAAUCUGCAAGAAUUUCAAUUAAAUUGCUCGAUCCCAUUGAGGAAGAAUUUAAAUAGGAGUUAUGACAAGAAAGGUGGAAAUGGAUCGUUGAAGAUUUUGCUUUGGUGUGCAUCUGUAGUUGGAUGGAUUGAGGUGGUUAGCAUAUCUGUCGCACUUCUCUUCAUAUAUAGAACUCGACUACGUUCAGAGGCAGCUAAUAAACAAGGCUAUUUUGCGAUUGCCACUCGCUUUAGAAGAUUCUCUUACGCAGAGUUAAAAAGGGCCACAUGUGAUUUUUCCAAAGAAAUUGGAAGAGGAGGAGCUGGUGUUGUCUAUAAGGGAGUUUUACCUGAUCAACGGAUUGCCGCGAUCAAACGAUUAAAUGAAGCUAACCAAGGAGAAGAAGAAUUUUUGGCAGAAAUAAGCACAAUCGGCAGGCUAAACCAUAUGAACUUGAUUGAUAUGUGGGGAUACUGUGCAGAGAGAAGUAACAGGCUUUUGGUGUACGAGUAUAUGGAAAAUGGAUCUUUAGCUGAUAAUCUAAUGUCAAAUGUGCUUGAUUGGGAGAAGGGAUUCGAUAUUGCUGUAGGCAUUGCAAAAGGCCUAGCUUACUUGCACGAGGAAUGCUUAGAAUGGGUUCUACAUUGUGAUGUGAAGCCUCAAAACAUAUUACUAGAUACUAAUUUUCAGCCAAAAGUAGCUGAUUUUGGCCUGUCAAAAAUUCUAAACAGAGAUGGCACUAGUGAUCUAACUUUCUCAAGAAUAAGAGGCACCAGAGGUUAUAUGGCUCCUGAAUGGAUUUUGAAUCUACCAAUCACUUCAAAAGUUGAUGUUUACAGCUACGGGAUGGUUGUGUUGGAAAUGGCGACUGGAAAUGGUUUCCAGACAACUGGCAGUGAAGGGGUGGGAGAGCACCAGGGGUUAGUGGCAAGGGUGAGGGAGAAGAAAUAUGGAGCUGAAUCCAUGGCAGUUUGGAUACAAGAGAUUGUAGAUCCUGCAAUUGGUAGCCAAUGGGACAUGAACAUGUUAGAAAUUCUAAUUGAAGUUGCUAUGCAAUGCGUGGAGGAAGACAAAGACGUAAGACCUACCAUGAGUCAAGUUGUUGAGAUGCUCUUGCGCCAUACAUGAUUGUGUUUAGCAGCUCUGCACUCUAGGAAGUUGAGAUUAUUUAACUUCUAUUUCCAUUUGAGGCAAAGAAUGCGUGGACCAGAUUCCUACUGUCAGUUUUAGCCAGGAACCAUUAGUAUCUAGUGUCAAGUUUUGGAAAGUAGGAUCUGAUAUUAGAUUUACAACUGGUUUACAGUGACGAAGACAAAACAGGUUCAACAACUCGCUAAGUUAAAAUCCCAACAUCAAUUUGUAAAUAUCAAAAAAGUUCACUGUGUAAGGCAGUAAGGCACAGAAAAUUUAACAUAGUCCUAACUAUUACUAUUUGCUAAGAAAGAAAGAAGAAAAAGAAAAAGUCAUCUCAAAAAAGGAAGUGAAAUUUCUAUUCAAGAUACCUCCUUGUUUAUGCAUAAUUAAGAAUGAUGUGAUGAGCAUACUGUGGCAAACAUGCUUAAAAUGAAACUUUUGCAACUUUUCUUUUCUUUUCUUUUCUUAGUUGGAUUUUCUUUUCUUUGGAGAAGUACAUUGAAAAAAUAAAUAAAGAGAAGGGCUUUUUGAAAUAUUUGGCAGUGAUAUUUAUGUUGAUAGGAAGAAUCACACUUGCUGUCAGAAGCAACCUGGACCUAAAGGAAGAACAGUUGAAAUGCUUAUGAAAGAUAUUAGCAAAAUAUCUAUAGAUUUAAACGAUGGUUUUUGGAAUCACAUGUUCAAUUGUUAGCGAUAUAGAGACUAAUAUAUUUAGGAUUCUGAUCCUUCAUCUCCCAUUUUUCCAAAUUACUUUGAAGUAGAUCUUACAUGAGGAAAAAUCAAUGUGCAGAAGAAACUAGCGUUAAAUAUUAGUGUCAGUCCAACACAAGCCUGUGAAAGUGUGAAAUAUUAGUUUGCUUUAGGAGCUAGGUUUUUUUUUCCCCAGUUAUCUUGACAAUGAAGAGAUCAAGUUUUCUGAAUGUUUACUACUUUGUUUUGGUAUAAAUAAAUGAAUUUAAAAGUACAAAACUCGAUUAUAAAUCUGUUGAAUUUUAUAAAAUUAAAUUUACCAGA